AUGGGCUCUGACAGGAUCGAAGGGAAAGUAAUUAUCGUCACAGGGGCGGGCGCGGGAAUAGGCCUCGCACUAACGAAGCAGUUACUGGCGCGGGAUACAGUCUCUCUCGUUGUUGGCGUGGAUAUCAAAACGUCGGAGCUCGAAACGCUCGCGAUUUCACAUGCCCAACGCCUUUCCGUGGUGCAGGGAGAUGUUGCGCGUCGAUCUACGAACACGGGCGCCGUCAACGCCGCAAUCCAACAGAGGGGCAAGCUUGACUGCAUCAUCUUGAACGCAGCCAUAUUGCGUCCGGUCGGCCCCAUUGCUGAUACACCUGUCCAAGAGUGGAAGAGCCUUUUCGAUGUGAAUUUCUUCGGGUUGGUCCAUGCUAUCCAGCUCUCAUUGCCGUAUCUGCGUCGAUCAAACGGCCAGAUCCUCAUGACCUCGUCGGGGGUCUCACUCCAGCCAUAUCAUGCUUGGGCUGCAUAUGCUUGCUCUAAAGCAGCCAUGAACUGUCUCUGCGCCAGCCUGGCAAAAGAAGAGCCGCAAGUGAAGUCCCUGUGUCUAACGCCAGGUAUUGUGAACUCAGGGAUGCAGGCGGAGGUACGGGAGGAGCACAAGUUUCAUAUGCCCGCAGAACAGUAUAACUGGUUGACAGAUCUUCACGCCAAUGGAGAGCUACUCCCCCCAGAGGCCCCGGCGAGUACAUUCGCGAGUCUGGCACUCUCUGAGAUCCCGAAGGAUCUCAACGGUCAAGUCAUCGCAUGGGAUGAUCAUAGGAUAGUCGCUGGGAGCAACGGUAGCCUCUCAAAAUGA